AUGUCAAAUGUGCCAUCAUCAUUCUAUUUUGAUAAUGAAUAUGAUGAAGAGGAAAGUAAUGAAUAUAAUAAUGAAAGUAGUAAUUUAUUAGUACUAAAUGAAGAAAUAGAUUUUGGAAUAUGGGAACUUGCAGAAUCAUACCUUAAUAAUUAUGCAAAACAGAAAGGUAUUUUGAGUACUGGCUAA